AUAGAAUUCGAAAAAUAUAUCAGUAACAAAGCAAACGGAACUGAAGCCCACCUUUCCACACAAAUUAAAUCAACAAAAUAUUUGCAGACAUUAACAGGCCUGUACUUUGAGUCAAGUGUAACCAAUUGGACGUGAAGUUUUGCAGCUCGCAUAUAAAUCGUAAAAUAUGGUCAGGCUAUUCACACUGAGUGUUUUCUACAAGGGUGCCAGCGAAGCGCGCCUAUUGAAGACAACCUCGGACUUGCAGUCCUUCUCGUUUUUUCAACGUGGCACAGUCAAUGAGUUCAUGACCUUCGCGUCGAAGACUAUUGUGGAACGCACCCAGCCGGCGCUGCGACAGUCCGUCAAACAGGACGCCUAUAUGUGCCAUGUCUAUGUGCGGGCGGACAACUUGGCUGGCGUUCUUAUCGCCGAUCACGAGUAUCCGCACCGUGUAGCCCACACGUUGAUCACAAAGAUAUUGGAUGAUUUCUCGGCGAAGGUGUCGGCCGACCAAUGGCAGACCGGGACCGAAUCGAGCAUUGCUUUCGAUUCGCUGCCUGCGUUUCUGGUCAAAUACCAGGAUCCCAAGGAAGCUGAUCCACUGACGAAAAUGCAAACCGACCUGGACGAAACGAAAAUCAUUUUGAAGAACACAAUUGAAUCGGUGCUGGAGCGCGGCGAGAAACUGGAGGACAUGGUCACCAAAUCCGAGCAACUAUCCAUGCAGAGCAAGGCCUUCUACAAAACAGCGAAAAAGACCAAUUCCUGCUGCAGCUUCACCUAAGCCCACAGCCGGCUCAUAGAACGAAUCAGAAGCAGAGGCAGAAGCAGAAACUGAAACCGAAACACCACAAACAAACACCAACCAGAGGAGGAUGGGCAUAUUACAAACUGGCUUAGACUUUGUAUGCUUUUUAUAUAAAAUAAUUAGUUAAUUUUAUUAUACUAUACUAUACACACAUUAAGUAUUUA